CAUUUAGUUCGCAUUUUCAACCAUUCGGUAUGCUAACACAUGCAUAGAUGCCAAAGUCGAACAUCUUCUCGACAUCGACAGGAAGCAGUGGAAUGACAACGAUCUCCUCUGCGUGAACGUUGGAAGCCGAGUCGAUCGUGGGAAGAAGGGCCAAAGGUUGACAGAUGCGGAGAUGCGGAAGCAGACGUUGGAAGGAGCUAUCUGGAUCCCGGCUUGUCUGCUCGAGAUCGUCCCCAAUCAGCCCAUGACUGCCCCUUUGCAACCACGGCACACGUCUGAGAUGAUUCGAUACGCAUUGCGCUAUCCCGCUGCGAAUGCUGCGCUCAUCGAUCAAGAGGGGCUUGAGCUUCUCGGUCUCAAGGCUCCAGCGGUGCAAGGGUCCAAUAGAGAUUUGUCUAGUCUAGGAUUUCGAGUCGGUCAGAAGCUCAUUUCUUUCGCCGCAAAGUCGCUCCAAGUUCCUUGGAUCCUCCACGCUCCCCCACCCCCAGAGACCCAGAGCUCUGCGCGAAGAGGCCAGGCUUCCCAAGUCUGGUUUGGACAGAAGUGCAUUCAACAAAAGCCUCGCGGAACCUCCAGAACGUCGCCUUCUCUAAUCCAUGCACCAUAAACGACCUCCACAUACUCGGAUUGUCAGAAUGCUUUCCCUCCGACGAGACAGAGCGGCAAACCAAGUGGGGACCAUCACGCCAAAUGACCAAACUGGAAGUCCUCAUGGAAAAGUUCACCGAACAACUUCGGAGACACGACGUCCGAGCCUUCG